AUCGUCUACACAUAAAGACGUACUUAAAAUACUGUAGCAUACCACCCUAGCCUUGUCGCCAUUUGCUUGAUGCGAUUUGUUUAUUUGAAAACCAGAUUAAAAAAAACCUCGUCAUCUGCGUCUAUAAUAUUCUCCCUCUAUCCUCUGCUACCCCAGUCUCCAAAUGACAUCCCAACUCGCCACGUGUCCCCACAACCCAUCCCCUCCAAUGACAUUUUGAGAUUCGUUCUGCCUUGGCCCGACCCGGCCCCAACCUCCUCAAAUCUUGUACUGCAACUUCGCUUUCCGCUCUUCCCAUUAAUUAUUUCUUGCUAUGGUGUUAGCACACGUUGAGUAUUUAAGGGAUAUUUGUUUCAAAAAUAUCUAUUGAUACUGCUUCAUUAGAAUGGCUUCUCUUACACCAGGGAUACUGCUUAAGCUUCUUCAGAAUGUAGAUAACAAGGAAUUUAAAGUUGCUGGGGAACACCGUUCUGCUCUUCUUCAGGUUAUUAGUAUUGUGCCUUCACUAGAAGAUGAUCCAUGGGAGACCAGGGGAUAUUAUUUGAGAGUUUCAGAUUCAGUGCAUUCAGCAUAUGUGUCUGUAUCAGAUGAAGAUGUGGAGUUAAUACUGGGUGACAAGAUCCAACUCGGACAGUUCAUUCAUGUCACUAGACUCAAUACUGGCUCCCCUGUUCCGGUGCUUUGUGGUGUUAAACCAGUCCCCAAGAGGCGGCCAUGCAUUGGAGAUCCUAAGGACUUGAUUGCCAGUGAUUUUCUGAAUGCUAAGAAAGUUGAAGCCAAGGUGAAAACAUCAAAGGGAAAGGUAAAGAAAGCUGCAGAGGGUAAAAAUAGAAGGCUUUCUUUAGGAAAUGCGAAGGUUGGGUGUGGGGAAGGUCGAAGAUUGAGCUUGGAUUCGACUAGAAAAGUAUGGGAUAACAGUCCUGUUCGUAAAAAUGAUGCUAAAGGCACAUCGAAGUCUAAAUCAAACAAUUCACAUUCGUUUUCAGAUUCUAUGGUUACUAAGAAGGCUUCUCCAGAGAUGGUUAAUAAGAAGGCUUCUCCUGAGAAGGAAUUGAUGCUGAAGCAUCCGAGUGUUUUCCCACUUAAAAACAAGAACGUGAUUGUUUCUCCAAAGCAUUUAAGCAAGCCUAUAACAAAAAAUCUGAAGUCAUCAGAUGGCGAUACUCUUCCUAGUAAUAUCAACUGUCAAAUAUUGUCAGAUUCAAAGAACUUGUGGAGUUCACUUUCUCCUACCAUCCAACACAUUGGAGAGGAAGUCCAAAAUUAUAGGAAUGUCGCGUUUGUAUCUGCAGCUCGUGCACUAGAAGAAGCAUCUGCAUCAGAAGGGAUCAUUCGCUGCAUGAGCAUGUUUGCAGAACUAUGUGACUUGUCGCAGAGAGAUUCUGCAGGACCACUUGUAGAGCAGUUUUUGAGCCUUGACGAGAGAAUGAAGAAAGCAGCUGUAGUUAUUAAUGCUCUGGUAAGCGGUAGGGCUUCUGAUGCGAAAGAAAGCAAUUACAGUGGCUUGCAAUGUUCACCACCGAAGAUUAGCCACAAUUCUGCAAAUAAGAAUGCCUCGUUGUGGGUGCAAGCUGCUGUUGGAACUGGUCUUUCCAAAUUCUCUUUAUUUACGAAGGAAGGAGAAAAGUGCACUACAAAUGGUGACAAACAUCACUAUGUCAGAAUAGAAAACAUUGCAAUGAAAAAUGAAGAGAAUCAUUCACCUAAAAUCAAGAAAACCCCAUUAAACCAUGGGUCAAGGAGAGCAGAUUCAGAGGUGAAAGGUUUGCAAUCUCGUUCAAGGCGCUCUUCUUCCAGCACAAAAGGAACGAGUGUUGGAAUGGAAGCUUGGUCACAGGACUCAGGAUUAAAAGAUGUUGCUCUUCUAGCAGACAAGUUGCUCUCAUCAUCUCGUAUCUGGUUUUUGAAUUAUUUGGAAGGUUCUUUAAACAACGGAUUUGGACUGAGAACCAAGGGAGAUAGUUCUGAUAUUGCAGGCCUUCUUGGGCAGCUUAGAAGGGUUAAUCAAUGGUUGGAUGAUGCAUUUAAAGAAGGAUGUGGUGAUGAUGAAAGGAUGGAAAGGUUGAAGAAGAAGUUAUACACAUUUCUACUUGAUCAUGUCAACUCUGCACUUAUUGCAGGCAGGUAGAGCCUGACCAGAUAAGCUAGGACUACAGAAUCGAUAUCUUUAUCACAAUACAAUUCUGAGUUAAAGUUAUUUGAGUUUUGUCAACUUCAUUGUAUCUCGGAGAGAGAGGAUAGGCAUGUUCGUGCUUCCUUUUUAGUUAAAUGUAUAGGAAGGUUUAUUUAUGCUUUCCCAAAUGAGAACAUAAUUAAGUUAAUGUAGUUGUGAAUUUCUGAAUAUUUUAUCUCACCCUUACUCGUUUUAGUUUUUAGCUGUGGUUAUUAGGCCCAUGUUUGG